AUGAAGCCUCUUUCGUUUGAAAAUCUUCGAAGGUUCGUCACCGGAGGUAAGAAAAAAAAAGACAGGAACGAAUCGUCGUUCAAGCGAAGCGAUUCGUUCAAAAGAAUAUCGAUAAAGAAAAAUUAUUUGGAACGUGGUAAAAAGCACAGGCAACAGGCGGUCGAAGCCGCCGUCGUCGCCGCCGCGGCUUGCGCAAACGUCGAAGCCACCACGGUUAAAGUUACCAAAGCGCCCAUCAAUGCGACGUCGUCGGUGACGAAAGCGACGAGCGGAAGUCACAUAGCGAGAGCGCGAGGUGGCGGCGGUGGCGGCGGCGGUAAUGGUGGAAACUGUAGGAGUUCGUCGCCGGGUAACGAUAGAAUAAGAACGUCACUCGUUAAGCCCGCGACAUCGACGGAGGGACCCGAUUCUCUGGUGAUUGACUACAAUCAAUGGUUGAAAGGAAUGAAGACUGAUGAUUGCACAAGCAAGAAUUUUUCUUUCGGUAAAUCCUCGCCGACGGAAGAGGAGAAACCGCCCACGCCGCCGCCUAGGAAAAAAACCGGUAGUCUGAGCGGUACGGUACAUUCGACUUUGGAAAUACUCAAACUCGAACAGUCACCGGUUCCCGUGGAAAAGAAAUACCACAGCAAGAGUCGACAACCCUCGCCCACGGUGAACAAAAGCAUCGACAGUUUAAUUAGUUUAAGUCCUCAAGUGUCGAGGAGUAGUUUAAGUCCGGGACCGUCGAGGACAGACUCAGGUUUAAGUAUAAAUUUAGGAAGGGUUUGGAUAGAUGCGCCGCUCGCGAUGGCUCCGAGAAGUUUAGAAUUACCCAGACCGGCAGCACCGCCGUCCGGAAUGAGCAAGGAACCCGCACGGAUACAUCAUUCUUUGGAUAGCGCGCUGAAAGAAUCGGGAAAGACAAGCAGGAGGCAUCAUCAUUAUCAGUCUUCUCCGAUGACGUCACCAUCGUACUACAUAUCAAAUUUAUCUGCCGUGAGUCGGACAUUAUCGUCAUCCACGACGCACACGAACAAAUCGCGAGAUUCAUCGGGUAAAGAUUCGGGUUUUUCGUUUUCCAUAUCAAUUCCCAGGCUCACGGAUUUCACCGGGAUAAGUGCAAACACGAGCGGAUUUUUUCGCAAGAAGAAAAAAUUGACGAGACCGAAACCGAGCGUUUCGCGCGACGGGUAUUUCAAAAGAACGAGCGGCGCAACGCGAUUAGUCGAAAACAAAUUGAAUUCGGUCAAGAGGAGCAACAGCAAAAAGAAAAGAGCCAAACGGGAUAAGGGCAUGCUACGUGCGAACGCUAUGAUGUCAAAAAGUGACGAGUUCACGGUCACGGCGUACAAAUCGUCGAAAUCGUUGAAAUCCCUUAAAUUGGAACCCAUGAUAUUCGUGACGCCGGAAAAAAGAAAACCGGGAGGAUGUCAAAAAAAAUGCGAAUUCAAAGAAAUUCGAGAUUGUCGGGUAUUCGACGAUUUGGAAAAUGACAUGGCGGAACGUCGUUGUAAAAACGUUACGAAAAAUGUUGAGGGGAUGACGACAAACGAACGAGUCGCGGGAGAAAAAGCCGAGAAAAACGAAGGGAACGACGACGACGAGGAAGAACAACUUUACGAGUGCAUAAUCGAAAACGAUUGUCGUCAACCCGUCAAGGAGGAUGAAGUCAUAGAGAAUAAAGACACGGACGACAGUGAUAUAAAUUACACGGAUACGGAUGAGGAAAGAGGAACCACGUUCAUACCUUUGGGCGUGUCACCGGUUCCCCGUCGGAAACCGGUGAGGAAAAAAAAAUCGACAAAGAGAAACGUUAAGUACGUGGCAAAACCCGGAAUACACAGAGCACAGUCGACGCUGAGGAAAAGCAGACGAUCUAAAAAAGGAGGCAUCGACUUUUCCCUUGGAAAUCCGUGGUGA